AUGUCGCGCGAAAACGAGCCCGCGAAAAAGAAGGCCCGCACCGGGGACGCGCCCGCGGAUGAUGACUUCGUCGAGGACGCCGAGGCCUGCACCACCGUCGUCGUCGUCGAGACGGCCGCGGAGUUCCGCGCCGCGCUGGCGGGGCCCCCGGAGGCUGCCGCUCCGCCGGCCGACGCUCCGCCGUUCGUGCACCAGAUCUUUCCUCCGAACGACGAGGACGUCUGUGAGAUCAAGGGAUUCAAGGGCAUCUCGAUCACGGUAUUCGUCGCGGCGACAAUAGGCCGCGUGUACUGCCGUGCCAGCUACGAUGAGACGAAGGGCCCUGCAACGGACGUGGCGGGCAAGCUGGCGUACUGGUUCACCGCGGAACAGGGCGCGCUGAUCGAUGUCGGGCAGGCGGACGGGCCGUUUCCGAACGCUGACGCCUUCGCGGCGGCGCUCGAGGGCAACGACACGACGUACGCAACAACGCCCUCCGGCGAGGAACUGGGCGAGCCGCUGCACACCUUCGACGCAGGAGACGCCGGCACCGUAGCGGUGUACGCCGCAGACCUCAAGCCCGACGCAGAGGUCGCCAACUUGCACCGUCGUUUGGAGCCGCUGCUGCCGCUGUACAUCGACGGCGCGAACACGAUCGACACCUCCGACGGAUACUGGAUGCUCAUGCUCGCGCGCUGCGCGCCCAGCGGCGGCGCUCCGUCCAAAACACCCCCCCCUACCCUGGGGCUGGCAACGGUGUACCGCCACUACCACUACACGCCCGACGGCGCGGCGUCUGACCCGUCCGGCGGCUCCGAGACGCGCCGGUUCAAGCUCAGCCAGCUCCUCGUGCUCCCGCGGUACCGCGGCCGCGGCGUCGGGCGCGCCAUGGUGCGCGCAUUGCACGCGCUGGCGUCGGCACGGGGCGCGGUGGACGUCACGUUCGAGGACCCGACGCCGCAAGUCACGCUCAUGCGCGACCGCGAGGACUUCCUGCGGCUCCGGGAGGCACGCAGCGGGCGGGCGCUCGAAGCGGCGGCCGAGGCGGCCAAGGAUGGUUCGCUGCGGCCCUCCGCGGACGACGCGGCGUGGAUGCGGCGCGAGGGCCUGCUGAGCCCGCGACAGCUCGCCCGGAUCUGGGAGGUGCUCCUAUGGGCCGCGUCGGGGUCGUCGACCGCGACCGAGGCGCUCUUGAGGCGGAAGGCCGAGGAGGAGAAGCGGCGCGCUGACGCCAGUGCGAAGUGCAAACGGUUUGUCAACCUGCGUCCACUGACGUCAGGGGAGGACGCGGGAGCCGCGGACAGGGGCCAGGAUGGAGGAGAAGAGGGCGAGGACGACGGCGACAACUGGAUGAUGGCGAAGCACCGCGGCCUCAAGGGUGGCCGUGCGGUGGAGCUUCCGGACGCGACGGUGGGGAUGGUGCAGACGGUGAUGGCGGCGCUGGAGGGGGGCGGGGACGCGGAGGCAGAGGCCGAGGAGGACCCCGUGGCGACGCGGCUCGUGGAGAUCCGGAAGCUGCUAGAGCUGUGCCGCAAGGGCUGA